AUGGAAGAUGACAACGUGCAUGACUUCAAGCUGGUGGAGAACAAGACAUUCUUGGAGUACCUGCCCAUUUGCCGGGCCGGGCGGUCUGCAAGUUGCCCCGGGAGGCUGAACCGGACUGGCUCGGUGGAGUGUCUUUUGCCAGCUUCUCGCGAGCUGGUGAGGCGUAGGAAGCAAAACCGGGUGGUUGCCAAGACUUUUCGAAGCCUUGCCAAAGAGCGGCCGCAACUGGCGCUGCCCUCGCAACUGUGCUUUCCCGCCGCAGUUCCCAUGAUGUGGCCGCACUGCCACCUGUGUUUGCCUGGUGAGCCGGUGAAGCGCAGGAGGCAGAACCGAGCCCUUGCCAAGUCCAUUCGCAAGCUUGCGAAGGAGGCUCCGCCGCAAACGCGGACGAACAACCCUCCGGCAGAGGCUGCUCAGCCCAUUGUCGUACCAGUGAUGGAUGUACAGGCCUGCCCAGCUGCAGACACGCGCAUCAAAACGUUGCCGGAAGGCACCCUACGCAGCGUGCCAAGCUAUGCCAAAGCUGGAAGCAACGAAACGCUGGCGAGCACACAGUGCAGCUUGGAGGAUGCGGAGUGCACGGAAAGCCCACCUCACGAUCGAGAGCCUGAAGAGUCGUUUAGCGACUCGGACGACUCGGCGGAUGUGAUACCACCCCCACUGCCGCUGCAGGAGCACGUGACGCGUGAGGAGGAGCAGCUGCCGAAGGAGCAGAGUGCGGGAAGUGAUGAGCUCAAGCCGCUUGAGGAGGAGAAGGCAGUCUGCAGGAUAGCGCGGUUGUGGCGGCAGCACGUGAGAGAGAGACCAGGUCAAGAUCUGGCUGAUCGCCUCGCCGCCUCCGCAGAGUACCGGAAGUGGGUGAGGGAAGCGAAGCUGGAGCUGAAGCCCGAAGAGGCUUUGCCGUCCUUCACCGAAGUGUGGGUGGAGCUGAACAAGCCUUUGAAAGUGCCUGCGCCCAAAGGGCGCAAGGAGCUCAAGGAACGGUCCAAGAGCCGAAGCAGAAGGCCAGCGCGCGCCAAGUGGCACACAGCCAGAGAGACCCUGGAGCUGCUCCUGUCCAGCCUGAAGCUCCUGAAGGAGAAGUCUUCAGAUGGCAGGGCAGUCCACAGCGGCGAGCUGUUGGAUGCGAUGAGGAGGCGAAGACCAAGCUUUGCCAUCAAGGAGACGCCUUUCCAAAGGCUGAACUCUUUGCUGCAGCUGGCUGCGCAGGAUGCCUGGGUGCUCAUGAACAGCUCGGGAAGAAACACAAGCGUAAAGAUACUGAACUUGCCGCGUGGCUCGUCCCAGAGUGUGGCACGCCUAGCUGAUUCUUGGGCUGGGCAGGAGCGCAUUGUUCUAGAGCCAGCGGGCAGGCCUGUGUUGAAGGAGCCAAGGGUUUGCAGUUUGGCGCUAAAGCCUGCGCCGACAGCUGACCCCUUGGCGGAGUUUGCUGCAGAGGGUAGCAUCACCUACCUCCGGGAGCAGGAGGCUUCUGGCCUGGUGGCGAGGCAUGACCUCCGACCAGUGACGCCUGAGCGUUCGCGCCGGGCAGUGCUGGCACCUGCGAAAUCUGGACGGGUGGAUUGCCUGCAGAUGUUUGAUGAGGCGCUGCAGGACCUUUGCGAGGGUGGGCUGAAGAGCGACCUUCCCAUUUUUGCAUCUGUGAUUUUGAAAAAGAUGCAGCAGAGGUUUGCAGACGCCAUGCUGAAUCUGUCCUCCAGGGACUUCUCCGACCUCCUGGACGAAGCCGACCGGAAAGGUCUGAUCAAGGUGUCUAGACGACGGGGCAAGGAAGAUGCGAUCACCUGGGUCAAAUACAGAUAUCACCUGCUCACACGACGGGAAGAAAACCGCAGGGGUGAGCAUCCAGAGCGUGAGCGCCGUACCCGCCGAGAUCGAUCACCGGCGCGGGUCAAAAGAAGAAGAUCGCGAUCGAGGAAGCGUGACUUACAGGCGUCUCAGCACAGACGACCGCGAGGUCGGCGCGGGGAAGGGCGUGACCGGGGGAGCCAGCGAGAAGGCCGGGAGCGCACCGCUCGGAGCACGCAUGAGAGGGACAGAACCCGGGAAGCAGCCCUGAAGACUGCAAAAGCGAAAGCCCAUCCUACGAAGGCUGACAGCCAAAGAGGCGCUCAAGCAAAGGCAGCCAGAAGCAACAACGAUGGCACGAGAGGGCCAACUGGCGAAGAUCCUGCGAGCACUGCUCAUAAGCACAAGGAGAAGACCAGAGGUGGAGCCCAAACAUCCCGCAAAGCUGUGGCAGCAAAAAAUGCAGCUAAAUGCCGGACAGACUCUCAACCGAUGGGGGAGGCACAAGGCAAAAGCGCAGCGCCUCCACAAGAGGAGGAGUCAUCCUCCGGUUAUUACAGCUACUACAGUGGAGACGACUCGCAAGAGUCUGACAGCCAAAGAGGCGCUCAAGCAAAGGCAGCCAGAAGAAACAACGAUGGCACGAGAGGGCCAACUGGCGAAGAUCCUGCGAGCACUGCUCAUAAGCACAAGGAGAAGACCAGAGGUGGAGCCCAAACAUUACGUAAAGCUGUGGCAGCAAAAAAUGCAGCUAAAUGCCGGACAGACUCUCAACCGAUGGGGGAGGCACAAGGCAAAAGCGUAGCGCCUCAACAAGAGGAGGAGUCAUCCUCCGACUACAGUGGAGAUGACUCGCAAGAGUCUGACAGCCAAAGAGGCACUCAAGCAAAUGCAGCCACAAGAAGCAACGAUGGCACGAAAGAGCCAGAUGACGAAGAUGGCGCGAGCACUGCUCAUAAGCAGAAGGAGAAGGCACAAAGUGAAGCCCAGGCAACAUACAAAGUUAUGGAAGCCAAAGGCGUGCCAGCCCAAUUUCAGAGAGCUUGCCAAGCGACGGGGGCAAUGCAGGCGCAAGGCACGAGCACUGCGCCUCAGCAAAAGGAGGAGGGCGAAGAAAGUGCAGAAGGCUCUCAGGAGUCCUCCAGUGAGUCAGAGUCAGCAUCACCACAGAAAGAUGAAAAGCAAUCAUGA